AUGCGUUACUCUUACGUUGCUGCUACCCUCGUCGGCUCGGCCUUGGCCAUGCCUCAAUACGGCUACUCAGCGGUCGUCCCCACUGGAUACCAGCCUGCACCAACUUCUUCAAAGCCGUAUGAAGCAGCAUCCACUCCCAGUGCUUACCACGCCUCGACUCCCUCUUCCAAGCCGUACGAAGCGUCCACACCCAGCAGUGAGGUUCACUACCCAGCCAGCACACCGGUCUACGAGGCAUCCACCCCUCCCGCUUACAGCGCAUCCACUCCUGCCGCAAGCUCAUCAGUAUACCAUGCUUCGACUCCAGUCUACAGCGCGUCUGUCCCCGCCUACAGCGCCUCCAAGCCCGCUGAGAGCUCGUCGGUCUACCACGCCUCCACCCCUGUCUACAGCGCGUCUACUCCCAUUUACAGCGCUUCCAAGCCAGCUGAGAGCUCGGUUUACCACGCCUCCACCCCGGUCUACAGCGCGUCGACUCCUGCAGUGAGCUCGUCCGCAUACCACGCCUCCACUCCGGUCUACAGCGCUUCUGUCCCCGUCUACAGUGCUUCCAAGCCUGCCGAGAGCUCUCCUGUCUACCACGCUUCAACUCCCAUCUACAGUGCCUCCAAGCCUGUCUACAGCGCAUCUCACCCAGCCUACAGCGCCUCAACCCCCGUCUACCACGCUUCUUCCUACGGAACUGGUUACGUCAAGCCUACUCCUAAGCCUUCAUCGGCUGUUGAGUACCCCCACAGCGACAUUACGACCACGCUCACUUCCACCCACACAGCCUGGGUGCCAUGCAGCACCUCUGUUGGCCACGGAGAGCACUCCAGCGUCAUCUACUCAACCUACUUGACCCCAACCUACAACACUGUCACUGUGACAUCUACCAUCCACGGCUCGAAGCCCACAUCUGACAUGCCCGUUUACCCAGCUGAGACUCCUUCGGCCCACCAGCCCACUUACCCUGCUGGAACUCCUGAGGCUCCCAAGCCCACGUACCCAGCUGGCACCCCUGAGGCUCCCAAGCCAUCCCACCCAGCCGAGACUCACCCCGCUGGAACUCCUGAGGCUCCCAAGCCAACCUACCCAGCAGGCACCCCCGAUGCCCCCAAGCCCACAUACCCCGCUGAGACUCACCCCGCUGGAACUCCCGAGGCCCCUAAGCCAACCUACGCUGUCGGUGUCCCUCCCGCUCCUCAGUGCCCUGCCCAGGUCACUGUCACCAAGACUGAGCACGUAGUCGAGACCAAGACCGUCACUGUCGGUGGAGCUUACACUCCCGGCCCAGCCCCUUCUGCCUACCCCGAGGGCAUGAAGCCAUCCACUCCUGCGGAGCACUACUCAGAGGCUCCUAAGCCAUCGUCUUCUGGAAAGCCUUACCCAGUCGGUCCCAAGCCUUCAGCUUCCACCAAGCCCUACCCCGUUGGUCCCAAGCCUUCGUCUGAGGUCCACCCUCCCUACCCUUCCUCCGGUAGCUCGAUCCCCCACUACAGUGCUUCGUCCGCGCCUUACCCGAUCCACACUCCCUCCUCCUCCAAGGCCUACCCCACCGAGUACCCUACCCCUUCGUCAUCCACUAAGGAGUACCCGGCUGCCACCCCCUCUUCCUCCAAGGGCUACCCAGUUGUCACUCCCUCUUCUUCCACAAAGGAGUACCCAGCUGCUACCCCCUCCUCGUCCACUAAGGAGUACCCCGCUGCCACCCCUUCAAGCUCGGCGGCUCACUACCCCGUGAACACUCCUUCGUCCUCGAAGGUGACCCCCCAGCCCACCGGCUACGUCGCCUACCCCCACUACUAA